AUGGAGAAUCAGGUUGCCGUCCCCCGUAAGCUUUGGGAGCACCCCAACCCGAAGAGCACGUUGAUGUACGAGUUCAUGCAGGACAUCAACCGGAAGAGCGGACAAAGUCUGGAGACGUUCCGCCAGCUCUACGACUACUCCAUCAACCAGCGCUCCGACUUCUGGCACCGCCUCUUCCAGUUCAGCAACUUCAUCUACGGCGGCAGCUACAGCCGCGUGGUGGACGAGGCCGCCACGAUCGACCAGGUGCCCCGGUGGUUCGAGGGCGUGACGCUCAGCUUCGCCGAGAACGUCCUGUACUCGCGGACCGCCGCGGACCCGCAGGGCCACCGCUCCAAGCUGCACAAGGAGGAUGACCGCAUCGCCAUCACCGAGGUCCGCGAGGGCGGGUCCGCGGUGCGCGAGUGCUCGUGGGGGGAGCUCAGGUCCCGCGCCGCGGAGCUGGCGGCCGCAAUGUACCACUCCAAGGGCGUCAGGCAGGGCGACCGCGUCGUCGCCGUCGCGGCCAACAGCGUCGAGACGUUUGUGGUGUGGCUGGCUACCAACUGGCUCGGGGCCAUCUUCUCGAGCAGCUCGACGGAUAUGGGGACCAAGGGGAUACUGCAGCGCAGUGUUCAGGUGAAUCCAAAGCUCAUUUUCGUGGACGACGCGGCUCUGUACAACGGCAAGAUCGUCGACCUCCGCGAAAAAAUGAAAGAAAUUGUCGAGGGGAUGAAGGACUGCGACGCCCUCACGUCGCUCAUCUCCAUUCCUCGCUUCAGCGAGCCGCGGGACAUCAGCUCCGUGCCAAGGGCGGAGACCCUCGCGAGCCUUCUGGCCAGUACCAAGCUACCGGCCCCGGACCUUGUCCGCACGGCCUUCCACGAGCCGUCGCUGAUCUGCUUCUCCUCGGGGACGACCGGGAUGCCCAAGGCCAUCACACACUCCCAGGGCGGGCUGUUGCUGUCGUACUUCAAGGAGGGCCGGCUGCACGAGGGCCAGGGCCCCGAGACGGUCGGGCUGCAGUACACUACCACGGGAUGGAUUAUGUACGUUGCGAACGUGGCCCUUCUGCUGUGGGGCGCGCGGUCCGUGUUCUACGACGGCUCGCCGUUCCAGCCCGAUAUCACCGUUCUCAUCAAGAUCCUGGCCGAGCAGGGCGUGACCAAGUUCGGCACGAGCCCGCGGUGGCUCUUCGAGGUAGCGAAGGCCGGGCUCAGCCCAAGGGAUAUGGUCGACCUUUCCAGGUUGACGUCAGUGAGUUGCACGGGUAUGGUCUUGUCGGACCAGCUGUUUGAGUGGUUCUAUGACAAAGGGUUCCCCAGCCACACUCAGCUGGGAAAUAUCUCGGGCGGCACUGAUCUUGCCGGAUGUUUCGGUAUCAGCAACCCUCUAGAGCCGGUAUACGUCGGGGGGACUCAAGGACCCUCUCUGGGCACCGAUGCGCGUAUCUUCGACUCAACACUCCCGGACGGCCCCGGCAAGGAAGUGCCCCACGGCACGCCCGGGGAGCUCGUAGCAACGAUCGCGUUCCCCAACGUGCCCUGCCGCUUCUGGAACGAUAAGGAGCCGGUGGCGACUCCGGGGUCAAAGUUCCACUCUGCGUACUUUAAUCGAUUCGAUCACGUCUGGGCGCACGGCGAUUUCUGCGUUAUUCACCCGGAUGAGACGGUGAUGCUGUUCCUGCUGAUGAAGCCCGGGCACAGGUUCGACACGGCGCUGGUGAGCGAGGUCAGGGAGGCCAUCGGGAGGGACCUGUCGAAGCGCCACGUGCCGAAGUAUAUAUUUGAGACGCCCGAGAUUCCAACAACUAUCAAUAUGAAGAAGGUGGAGCUUCCAGUCAAACAGAUCGUUUCUGGCCAAAUAAUCAAGCCCAGCGGCACCCUAGCCAACCCACAGAGCCUAGAUUUCUACUAUCAGUUUGCCAAGGUGGAGGAGCUGGUGGGACCUAAGGGCAAGUUGUGA